UUUUCCAGUAUAAUCAUGUUCUACCUUUGCCUCUCGGCUUGCAUUUACUUGCUCUAUGCAAAGGGAGAAAUCUUCAUUGUUGGUGACGGCUAUGGUUGGGAUGACCUCUAUGAUUUCAACAACUGGCCAGAUGGAAUAGAAUUCCACGUUGGUGAUGUACUAGUGUUCAACUAUGAAAGGGGCCUACACAAUGUACUGCAAGUGGAUUAUACAGGUUAUGAGAAUUGCAUAAAGGACUCGUAUAUACGGCGUUUCAGUAGUGGCAAUGACUCAGUAAUUUUAAAGGAAGGCAGAGCAUGGUUCAUAUGUGGAAUAAAUGAUCACUGUGAAAAUGGGCAGAAGCUCGACAUCAAUGUAAUUCCUUAG